AUGUCUGCCAAAGCCAGUCGUCCACACAAGAAACGGCGAGCAAAAUCUAGCGGCCUGAGUGAGAAAUCGAUGGGGCUCCUUGCUUCCACGGACGAUAGGAAUACUGUUAUACUAACAGAGGCCAGCGACGCGAGUCCUUUCACCGAGGAUGAUCUCUCAAUGGCCUCGAGCACGUCGCCUCAAGCUUGGGGUAUGGAUAUUGCUGCACAGGAAAAUCCUUCACAAGAUCAAAGCCUUUCACUGGUCAUUAUGGACGUACCGGACAACAGCAACUUCUUCGAACAAUGUUUCGUGGAAAGAUUUGUCGAACAAAGCACGAGUUCGAGGCUGGGAGUGAAUCCGAACCGACCGAGAUCAUGGGUAUUUGCCCUUCCAAGCUUGCUAUCAAACACCCAGACACCCUCUGUCAGAUUCUCCAUUCGAGCCGCCAGCUUGAUAUACUUUGCGGUUGUCCAGGACAACAAGACCGCCGAGCUUGAGGCUGUGCGUUGGUAUCUUGCCGGUCUCGAGAGCCACCGUGGAUUUAUACAAGGCUGCACCGGCACUGGUACAAAACUAUUAACACACGAGCCAACUUCAAGCAGCGCGGACAUAUCUGUGCCAAUGAUGUUUCUCUAUUUUGAGACGAUGAGACGGACGUCUCUUGACGCCUGGGCUCACCAUAUUGCGGCGGCCGUUAGCAUAGUCGAAACUCGAGGGCCGGAUCAUUACCGUGUCGGUCAGGAUCAUGCCAUGUUUAGAUCACUUCGCACGUAUGCGGCUUUUAAAGCCCUCCUCAAAAACGACCCCUGCAGCUUCGCUUCACAAGAAUGGUGUGAAGAACCAUUCAAAGAUAGUACCAAGAUCGCCUACGAGUAUCUGAUUGAUAUCCUCCUCUCCGUUCCUUACCACCUGAAGCUCACCUUGGCACCUGGUGGCGACUUUCGGGAUUCCAUCCACAGGAUAGCAGACCUCGACGACUCGGACCGGCAAACGCUGGAAAGGGAGACGCUUGUUAUCCUACAGCGCCUGCAGACGUUGUGGUGGCAUUUCGCGCACGACACCGGCUUCGGUGUUGCGCAGCUUCAUGCAGACCUGACAGACGAUACCGCCGUCGUCGAUUCACUCACGAUUCCACCUACUUGGCAGUGCGUGUUUCCCGACACCCUAACUGCCAAGACGGUCUCGCUGUACAACUCCAUGAUGGUCGUACUCUAUUCUGUGCUGAUGUCUCUCGAAGAGUGCAAACCAUCGUCCUAUCAGGGCCUGUCGCCCAUUCAGCGUUACCGAUCCGUGAUCGAUUACCACUCAUCUUCGGUGCUGGUGGCCGCGUCGUAUCAGAACUGGCGCCAUCCUUACUGUGGCGAUGCACUGCGGACGGGGUUCUCUCUGAAGAUCGUGUCGUGGCUGGGUACAGACGAAACGCACAGGGCGGAGGCACACAGAAUGAUGGCUUUGUGGGGGAUGGAGAGUGAAAUUGUGGGAGGAUGA